GUUUUUGUAAAAAUGGAUUUUUGAAAGAAAGUGAUUUCCAAAUUUUCCAUCCUUUUCCUUGGAAACAAGCACUUUAAAAUCUCACUUCAAAACCAAACAGUUGAGAAAAGGAAGAAAAGAUGAUUCCGUUUUCCUUCAUUUUCAUGGUUGUGGUUUUGUUGUGUUCGGUAAUGGUCGUUCCUCGUGCUCUUGCUGGUUUACUGGCUCAGCCAGUGACCGGUCACGAUCAGUCAUUGAAUCCAGGUGACUACUCAUCUCUGAACACAGUCCCAGCUUUCCCAGUGCAGACGGAGGCCGAAUUGUGUAGACUUGACCUCUCCGACGAGCUAUUCGGUGGCGUUAACGACGCAUGCGGCCACAACCUAGACAGAAGCCGCUGCUGUCCUGUUUUGGCAGCGUGGCUCUUCGCAGCUUACGCGAAGUCUGCUCUCGAGUUACCCGCUCCGGCUCCGGCUCCGGCUCCGGCUGAACCAGUGCAGCCAGACCAACCCAUGAUGCCGGACGACUCGCAGAAGUGCGUGGAGUCCCUGCAGAGCGCCUUGCUGAGCAAACGCAUCAAAUUGCCACAGCCGAACGCAAGCUGUGACACAAUUCUCUGCUUCUGCGGGAUACGGUUGCACCAGAUCAGCUCGUUGAACUGCCCUGUGGCGUUCAACAUUUCUGGGCUCCAUAACGCCACCCCCACCGCAGUGGUCAGGAAUUUGGAGAAGAAUUGCAGGAAUUCUUCUUACUCUGGAUGUACCAAAUGCCUUGGUGCCCUCCAAAAGACAAGUACAACAUUUUUUUCCCUGCUCAAGGGAGGGUACAAGAAUGGCACGGAGGACCAGAGCACCAGUGAGAGAGCAAGAAAGAUGUUCAACCGGGACUGCCAACUCAUGGGGUUGACAUGGCUUUUGGCUCGGAACAAAAGGGAGCACAUACCCACCGUGUCGGCAGUGCUCCGCGCAAUUAUGUACAGUGCGCACCCUCAGCACGAGUCAAAGUGUAGUCCAGAUCAGGAGAAUAUGCCGUUGGCUGUGGAUUCGCUGCAGUUCGAGAAGACCAAGUCGUCGGCUUCAUUGUCGUCGGAGAAGCAUUUGGGGUUUCUGGGUUUUCUCCCAAUGAUAUUGUUUUCUCUGUUUGCGUAGGGUGUACUAGUGGUGGGUAGCAACUUGAUUUUGCCAUUUUGCCUAGUAUUUUUUGGAGGACUCAGUGGGGAAGGGUUCACGUGACGCUAAUGGUACAGCUAGUAGACAAAAGGAGCUGUUUUUUCAGGGUUCUUUUUAUCUUUACGCCCCCGCCUUGUAAAUUGUGUAGGAGAUUUAUAUUUGUUUCACAUUUUGUUACAAUGAGUAUACAGAAACGGCUCUUGCCCGUAAUCAACUAUUUAUUCACUC